AAAAGGGCUGGACGCUGGUGAAGUUCAACAAGUCCAAGAAGCGCCAGGCGAUUGAUUAUUUUAAGAUGGCUUUGAAAGCAGAACCAGAAAGGAAGGAAUGGCACAAAGGUCUUGCCAUAGCCAUGGGAAAGACAUAUAAAAUUCAUAAUUGCUCUCCACAGCUUAUGGCAGAGAUUCUAAAGCAGCUGAAAAUUGCACAUGAGAACGAACCAAACAAUUUGCUCCUUCAUGCUCUUUAUUUAGAAAAACAGUCUGAGGUGCAACGAGAAGACAAUGAGAGACAGAUGCAAGAUUUACUAGAGAAAACUCUUGAAACUGGAGACCUAGAGUGUUUGGGUACUAUUUUCAGGUAUUUUGGAACCAUUUCUGUAGAUAAAGCUAUUGAAGCAGCAGAGAGAGCUCGAGAAAAGUUCCCCACCUCAAAUAGAGUGUUGAAAUAUCUGGCAAAUUGCUACAAAUGGAAGGUUUUCAAUAUGAAGGAAGACAAAAUGGAAAGGAGGACAUUGGCUAUGAAAUCCAUGAAGCUGUUUGAGGAGGUUGUCAGACAUUAUCCUGACUCACUCAGAGAAACGGUAGCCCUUGCAUCAAUGCACAAGUACGCAGGCAACAGUGAGAAAGCAAAUAAGAUUUACAAGCAACUCCUGUCAGAGAUAGAUGAUUUCCCUCCCCACAGCCAACAGUAUAUUUACUAUAGUUAUGCCUGUUAUCUAUACAACUGCAGACGGUUAGAAGAUUCAAUCAACUUUCACAUGAAAGUGGCAGAAAUCCCAGCUAUUUCAGACGACAAACAGAAGAGCAUUAAGAUUCUUAAAAAAAUUGGGAUGAAUGGCAAAAAUCCUCGCUGUGAGGAAAUUUGGAAUUUUCUGGAAAGAAUUCAUAUUGACGAUUAA